AUGCGUUCUUCAACAAUAUCGGUUCUCCGUGUGCUCACGGUUGUCGGUGCCUCGUUCCUCCUACUAGCCAAAGCCAACGGGAACGAUGAUGACCCGCCUUCACAAACGACGACUUACAAGGUCACACUUGGUACGCUGGCUGACAGCCGGUGCCGUCAGACGCUGGAACUGCUGUCUUGGCUGCAAACUGGAUUCACCCGGCUACAACUGCGCUACCACCCCGUGAAGGACUUGUACUGCUCAGGACAAUUUGAGGAAACGCCAGAAACUCAAUCCGAUACAACUUCUAAAACCUUCGCGAGUGGCACAUACGCGUUCCAGCGCGUCGAUGAUGCCGAAGCCCCCGACUGCACUGCCGUAGUGGAUGAGUGGAAGAAAUCCUACAGCAACUUCGAUGGACUGCCUCCAUCCAGAAAAGCCAAUGAAGAACUGUACGAAAACCAGGACAACGUCUCUUUCGUGGCCAUGUACAACCCUUCAGAGGACGCUACUGCCGAUUGCCGAGUCGUCACCUGCACCAAAACAACUGCGCCUGCCAGCCCACCCGCAGCGAAACAGGGCAAUGACGGAAGCAAUGCAGAAGGAACAGAGACAAAAGGCUCUGCUAUUAUUUGCUUGACGGCGCCUGACGUUCUUCCCAAGAGCAGUGAAUCUGCCCCCUUCACAGAGGACCAAUGGAGGCAGAUCGCCGCCGCCUUGGAAGGCUCCGCAUCGGUUGUCUUGCCUAGUGCGAUCAGUCUUGCCGUAGCAGUCCUUGGUGCCGUGGCAGCAAUUUGA